CGCCCAUAGACCAGAGUCCCCAGUCCCAACAUCAAUUAUAAGAAUCAGACAAGUAUCAGAAAGCUUACUUCUUCUGCUCAUACACUCCAAUGGAGGACAAUUUCAGAGUUCGCGUAGACAGAGUAUUCGGUUCUCUCUCCUCUUCUUCUUCUCCAUCUCCCUCUUCCCAGACUAUACCUUCUUCCUCUCUCUGGUCUCUCACCGACGACGAGACUCAGAAGCGUCAAUGGUCUCGAGAACCCGACGCUUCAAUCCCACCCGAUGAUGACGACGAUGAAGAUGAUGAUAUCCCUUCUAAUGUCGAUCAAUUCUUCUUUGCCACCAAGGAUUCAGCAAUGGCGUCUGCGAAGAAUCCUAAUCAUAACCCUAACCCUAACCCUAACCCUAACCCUAGCUCGAGUUGUUUGGAUUACCGUGAGGAGCUCAAAGAUGAUCUUAAAGAGCUCGAUGAAGAUGCCGAUGCCGAUACCGAUACGGGUGCAGGUACAAGCAAGAUAUGCUCGCUGAGCGAGGUUUCGAAACAUGUUGGUGAUGAAGAGGAUGAAUUGGAGGUUAGGAACUCCAUUGGCAAGGAUUGUACUCUUGAUUUUGAGGAAGAAGAGGAUGUUUAUGACAAAGUGGCUGUUGGAAGUGAAAUAAUCGGUGAUCGUCUAUACAUGUCUGAUGUGACUGAUUAUACGUCACAUAUCGAUUCCUUGAAUGAGCUCCCUAACACAUUUGGGGAGGUUUGCAGAGACCCACGUGCUAAUCACCUGGCUGCAAAGCUCAGGCUUAAAGAGGAUGCAGAGACAGCAAAAAGUUUCAACUCUUUGCAUGUUUCUGAACAAGCUAAGGAUGAUGUUUCUGAUCAAAGUAAAGAUGAUAUCUCUGGUGGUCAAAUUAGUGCUCCUGAAGAUGUAAACAUCCCUAAGUCAAUAUUGAAGCGAAAAGAUGAUCAGAUGGAUUCAAAGACUGGAAAACGUGUGCGGUUUGAGCCCACCUGCAACAGCGAUGAUUGCAGUGCAUCUGAUGGUGAUAAAAUCGUUGUGUCAGAAGCUUCUAAUGUAGAUUACGCUUUGUUAAACGGAUCGCCUUCAGAGCAACAGGAUUCUUCAUUGGUACCAGAUUAUGUUCGCCAUCCUUUGAGAUAUACGCAUUAUACAUUUGAUUCAUCAAGUGAUAUGAAUGAAGAAUCAAAUCGUCAGGCAUACACCGACUUUCUUACUAUGGUGAAAAAAUCCAAGUCAGAACCUGAUGAAGCUCCUGCUGACCUUACAAAACCUGUGAUAUUCAAUCCGAAGAUAAAAGCUGGUGAUACUUCCGUUAUUACCAGCGACAAAAAUGAUCAUACCAAGGAGAUUACCAUGGAGGAACGCUUGCAGAAGAAAAGCUUCCCUCUUACAAUUGCUGCCGGAAUCACAGAGGUGGAUGAAGCUUCUGAAAUGGAGGUAGAUGAGCAAGAAACUCCAGUUCUGAAGGCUCAAAAUGGAAGAAAAACAGCUCGUAAAUAUCGCUCCAAAUAUGCUAUGGAGUCUAAUGAACCUGAUACUUGAUGUAUGUCUAGAAAUAAUUGUAUGACGGAUUUUCAAACUUGAGUUUAUUGAACUUCCCUCAUUCCGCAGGAAGAAGAUUAGAAUGUGCUAUUGUACUGUAUUUUCCUUCUGAGGAUGGGCGGAGUGGGGUUUCACCUUCAUCACUGCCAUGACUCCAGCUCAAUUCUCACCUCCGUCCCCCCGGACAUUGAUCUCCCCUAUUUCCUGAGAUAGGCAAAAUAGAGGUGGCACGGCUGGCGCCCACCCAAUGUACCAAAAGAUACCAGCCUUGAGAAUCAGCACUGCUAUUAUAUUUCCCCUUUGCCUGAACAUAAGACGAUCUAGACUGAUCUUUUUAAUGCCAAUCUAGGUUUAUAGUCUAAUGUAGUGUAGUUUGCUGAUCCGGACUUUUUCUAGAAAUAGUACUAAUGAAGUGCCUUGUCUCA